AUGCCUGAAUACAACGACGCCCUCGAGGCGCGCAUCCCCACCGACUCGCCAGACAAUGUGCGUCAGGUCCUGCUGCACGCCUGGUCGCGCGACCUGACGACGCUCAAGGAGCUUCUCAGCCAGCCCGGCGCUGCCAGCGAGCAGGACCCCAAGACGGGCGAGACGCCGCUGCAUGCCGUCGUUCGCGGCUGCGGCCCGUCUGAGCAGGCCGCCGAUGAUGCGGCAGCCGAGGGCGAAGAGGAAGAGGACGGCGUGGUGGCAGAGGCCCGCGCGUGCAUCCAGGAGCUCUUCUUCUCCGGCGCCAUCUGGAACGACGUCGACAACCACAACGAGACGCCCGGCUGCACCGCCUGGCGCCUGGGCCAGAAGCAGCUGUACCAGAUGUUUGUCGACGCCGGCGUGCGCGCCGAGCUGCUCUUUGGGCUGAUGGACGGCUACGAGCAGCUCUCGUCCGGCGAGGAGGAGGAGGAGGAGGAGGCUGACGCGGACAUGGAAGAAGCCGAGCAGCAGGCCCAAACCAAGGAGGAGGGCGCACCAACAAAAGAAAAAGAAGAAGCACUGCCAGCAGGAGAAGAGCCAGCGCAGUUUGUGCCCCCAGACGCCGGCGAAAAGACCGUCACCAGCGACGAGUACCUCCAGUCCACCGUCACCUACGACGGCGGCAAGCUGCUCGACGACGACCUCAACGGCGUCAUGAUGGCCUGGGAGACGGACAUUAUGCGGCGCUCCGUCGCCGCCCUGCUCCCGGACCCCACGCCCGGCAAGCGCAUCCUCAACAUUGGCUUCGGCAUGGGCAUCGUCGACGGCCUCUUCGCCGCGCGGUCCCCGGCCAAGCACCACAUCGUCGAGGCGCACCCGGGCGUCCUCGCGCACGUCGCCCGCGGCGGGACCCGGUUCGGCGCCGACUGGGAGCAGGGCGGGCCCGAGCCGGACGCGUUCAAAAUGUUCCACGGCAGGUGGCAGGACGUGGUGCAGACGCUGAUGGAGCGCGGCGAGCUGUACGACGCCAUCUACUUUGACACCUUUGGCGAGGACUACGCGGAGCUGCGGAGCUUCUUCACCGACUACGUCCCCGUGCUGCUCGACAUGGACGGCCGCUUCGGCUUCUUCAACGGGCUCGGCGCCGACCGCCGCGUCUGCUACGACGUCUACGCGCAGGUCGUGGAGCUGCACGCCUCCGAGGCCGGGCUGGACAUUGCGUGGGAGAGCAUCGACGUGGACAUGAGCCAGCUCGACGAGGACGGCAAGGGCGAGUGGGAGGGGGUCCGCAGACGAUACUGGACUCUGGAUACAUAUAAACUGCCCAUAUGCACAUUUAUGGGUUAG